CCCCUAUUAUUUGAAUGUUUAAGGGGGUUAAAUCUAAUAGACCCUUGUUAUAUUAUGUAUGUAUUGAUUCCGCAAAUAUUUUCUGGUUAUUUCAAAUUUCAGUAUACUCUGUAUAUAAAUAAUAUACACUCGGUAGUCGGUACAGUUCUAUCAUCGCUCUCUCUCUCUUUCUCUCUCCUCUUUCUCUCUCUAAAACUCAGAUCAGUGUAACAGUGAUGGAUAUCUCAUCUGACAAUCUUCAAAUUACUAUGGUCUCCAGCCCCGGUAUGGGCCACCUCAUACCCAUGCUAGUCCUCGCUAACCGCCUCGCCGCCGACCACAACGUCACCGUCACCGUCCUUCAGGUCACCACUGCCGUAUCUCCGCCGGAGUCCAACCUCCUCCAUCUCCCCGUCGACGAUAACCUUGUCCAAAUCAUACAACUCCCCCCCGUCGACAUCUCCCACCUCAUCGAUCCCUCCACCAAAGUCGUCACCCAGCUCUGCCUCAUGGUCCGCCAAGCCCUGCCGUCCGUCCGCUCCGCCAUAGCCGCCAUGGACCGCCGCCCCGACGCCCUCAUCGUCGACCACUUCGGCACCGAAUUACUGCCGAUCGCCGCCGAGUUCAACCUCCCCAAGUACGUUUACGCCCCUUCCACCGCCUGGUUCGCCGCCUUGCUGAUUUACAGCCCGGUUCUCGAUCGAGAAAUCAACGGCCAGUACGUCGACCAAACGGAACCGCUCAGAAUUCCGGGCUGCAAACCGGUCCGACCCGAGGAUGUGGUCGACCCGAUGCUGGACCGGAACGACCAGCAGUACGACGAAUACAUAAGAAUGGGGCAAGAAAUCACUUUAUUCGAUGGGGUUUUGUGCAAUUCGUGGCCCAAUUUGGAGCCCAAAACCCUAGAAUCAUUCAAACGGAACGAGCAUAUGAGAUCCGUAAUGAGGAACCCGGUUUACCCAAUCGGACCGAUGAGCAGACCGGUCCAGCCGAUUACAGAAAAAACCGAGUUGAUAAGCUGGCUAGACCGGCAACCGGACGAAUCGGUAAUUUUCGUUUCAUUUGGCAGUGGUGGUAUGCUUUCUGCAGAACAAACCACAGAGCUGGCUUGGGGAUUGGAGCUGAGCCGACAGAGAUUUAUUUGGGUGGUGCGCCCGCCCACCGCAGGCCGUGUGGACGACGCUUUUUUCAAUAUAACCAACGGGUCUGAUUCCGCUCCGGAUUAUUUCCCGGAGGGGUUUUCGACCCGGACUGGUGACAUCGGGUUAUUGGUUCCUAUGUGGGCCCAGCAAGUGGAAAUACUUAACCAUCCUUCGAUAGGAGGGUUUCUGUCGCACUGCGGGUGGAAUUCGACUAUGGAGAGCAUUACUAGCGGCGUGCCGAUGAUUGCGUGGCCGCUUUAUGCGGAGCAGAGGAUGAACGCCGCGUUCCUGGCGGAGGAGGCAGAGGUGGCGGUGCGGCCAGGGGUGUUGCCGACAAAGGCGGUGGUGGGGAGGGGAGAGAUAGAGAGGAUGGUGAGGAGAGUAAUGGAGGAGAGAGAAGGUGUGAAAAUGAGGGAAAAUGUUAAACGAUUGAAAAUGAGUGGAGAAGAGAGUCUCAGGAUUGGGGGCUCUUCCUACAAUUUCAUUUAUGAGAUUUUGAAAGUUAUUGCCUCCAAAAAAAGCCACAAAUAAAUCACUUGGUUUAUCAACUACUUUGGAUUUUGUCUUUUGGCAAUAAGUGUGUAAAAUAAAAAACUAUGUUUGGAUAAUAAGGUACAAUAGUAGUACCUAGUAUGAAUUUUUUUUUUUUGUUUUAGAAAUUUAAAUCCUGUUAUAAAUUGAGGAAGUACCGGAAGGGUGUGAUUCGAACCUUAAACAUUUACUCUGAUAGUAGACAUGGUUGGCAAUCGGACUAUGUGAACCGAACUUGAAUUGACUCAAGUUUAU